ACUUAGUGAAAUGAAAUGAACAUUUUAAAAGGUGUGCUCACCCUGCUUAUCCCAAGGUGAAUAAAGGGAAGAUGUGGGUGGCACAAUGGCUUCUAGUUUCUAACCCAAGGGGCUGUGCCACAAACUGAUGCCUCCAAUUUGGGAUUGUAUAUACUGAUGGGCAUGUGCAUUUAUUUGCUCAUUGGCUUUGCAUUGGAAAGUUUUAAGGCGUUACUCGAUUGCGUAAGAAGUGGUCAGUUAAUCAUGAUAAUCUUUACUUAAUUACUUGCUUUAAUGUACAAUUUGAAGAGCAUACUUUGCUAUCAACGUGGACAACGAGCUAUUAACGAAACACAGCUGCGAGUACUGGCUGCAUUUGUUGGAGGCAUCAGCUACCUGUGCUUUCCCAAGCUCACUAUUCUCAGUUAUGCUCUGCUUGAGACUGGUCGAACUAUUGGGGGCAAGUACAAGACCGACAAAAGAAACCGCCUUGGCAUUACCGAUGUGAUCUUUCCAUUUGCGCUUGCCUAUAUUAUCCAUACAUACGUUUUCUAUCCUAAGAAAAUCAGCGGCUUAGGCGGCAUCAUUAUAGAUAGUACAACAGCCAACUAUGGCAGCAACAUUAGAACUUGCAGAAUCUAUCCAUUUUGUGCAGAGAAUUCUUGUAUUCUUUUGAAUUCCUUAAAACUUGCAGAAUCUAUCCAUUUUGUGCAGAGAAUUCUUGUAUUCUUUUGA